UGAGACCCCACGGUGGGCAGUCUGUGGGGUCAUCUCAGCUAGUGUUCCUCGAGGGAAUGUUCUGGAAAGAGCAGGUGGGGCAGGGAGCCGCCUCCCUGGGGCCACACAGGUGUUUGGGUUGCUGAGAACUCUCAUCCCUGCUAAGCUUCUGAUUCACGAAACAGCAUCUUCAAGAUCCAAGCUCAAGGGUCAGGACAACAGCAAUGCCUUUUAGGCCCAUGUGAAGUUCUUAUAAAACAUUUCCAUGCUCAGGGGCUGGCACAGCCCAGGCCAAAGGUGCCACUUCUGUCCUGCACCCCUGCCAUCCAUCUCGGUGUGAGAGCAGAGCUCCCCUCGCAUCACCUCUGUGGCCAUGGAGCUGGCGUCCCCACUGGCCGCCGACAGACCACUUAAGGAGCGGGGCCAUCGUGGGACGGCUCGCCCGGGGACCGUGCUCUCGGCGUUGUACACGGAAUAGGCCGCGAGCACGUGGAACAGGGCUCGCUGCCUGGAAGGGGGACAGCGGGGGCUCGCCGCGAGGCCCCUGCCGCUGGUCAUGCGUGUGGUGAGUGUGGGACACGGGUCGGGGCCAGGGUCGCUAAUGUUGGACAGGGUGAUAGAAUUGGGGGCUUCCUCACACUUGACUUUUUUAGAGGAUGCAGAUUGUCUAAAAAAGCAGAGAGGUGUAACAAUAAACAUCAAAAUGGAGUGUCAUUGUGUCCCCUCUAACCCUCACUCCAUCCUCCUGUGUCCCGGUCCAGACUGCUCUCUGCCGCCCGGUGCCCCUCCUUUCCCCACAGGGGCCUGUGGACCUCGGAGGACACAGCCAGCCACCUGCGCCUGGCCCCCUCCCCACUCAGGGCCACCCCCGUCCUGUGAGCUCCCACCCCUGCCGGCGCUCUGCACAGGCCCCACUCUCACCACCCCAGCUCCAGACCUGGUCCUUGUGCCUCUCCUGCCCAGGACCCCUGGCACACAUACCCCCAAAGGCACUCGCGGCCCAGCAGCCUCACUCGAUGCCAUAGCGCGCCCAGAACAUGGUAUGGUUUCAGAAGGUGCAGCUCCUGUCCAGGUCGAUGGGCUGAAUUUCUGGAGCGUGGAGCCUGGCCUGCUCCUUCAUUCUCUGUGGGCGGAGCCAGGGGUGGGGGGAGGUGAGGUCAGAGGCCUGGAACCCUAACCAACUGCCACAACUGCCACAGCAGAGCGGGCGCUGCCAGCUCAAGGUGAGUGGUUUCUGCAGGAACCUUUCUUUUGCUUGUUUCCCAAGCCAGGCAGGGUCACGAGGGCACCCAGGUAGCAGCCCGUGCCCAGCAGCCCUGGGCAGGGGCCGCCGGCCGGUGGAUGGUCAGCCUGUGGUUUCUCUGAGGCCCAGACUCCCCCCUGUUAGCGAGGCCCCGGCCAGGCCCCCAGGGCCCCUCUACCCCUCUCCUGUACCAGCCGGUCCAGGAUGACAGCACCCGCUGGCCAGGCCCUGGGCUUGUCCCCAGGAGGCUGCUGCCAGGGGUGGGUGCCCCGGGCAGUCAGGAGGCUGGGAGGGCGCUUGGGCUUCCAUCCCCUGAGCCCCACUGACCCCACUGCACACAGGUGGGGCGAGGCAGAGGGCCAGAAGGGGAGCCUGUGCCUGUUUGGGGGCCUUUUGAGAGCUCGAGGACCAAACAUGACGCUGGCUCUUGUCCUUCAGUGUCCGUGGGUGUUCAUCACGCCCUGGGCCUCCAAGACUGCCUGUCCUCGGGCCACUUGGACAGUAGUGGCCACUGUCACCUCCACUCCCGCUGCACUUCCCCUGCUGAUCCUGCUCAGCUUGGGCAAAUAGAGCACCCUCCCUGGGCGAAGGGACCGGGGGACCCCUGGGUGGAGACGGGGGCAGGGGCCUCUCUGGGUUGAUGGGUUGAGACCUGUCUCUUGUCCCCAGUCAGUCAGGCCUGUGCUCUUCGGGCCUGGUCGUCUCCCUCUGUGGUUUCUGUGGGGUAUCUUUGCCCUUUCCUCCUGGCUUCUGUCCCUUGCUGUGUGACUCUGUCCCCCUCAGGUGUCUAGGAGGUGGCACCUGUCCAUCUCUGGGCCCAGUGUCUGUGCUGGGCCAGGUGGGACAGGCAGUGAGGAGGGGGACAAGGCCUUCCUGGCGGGCAGCCCCAGGGCUGUGAGUCUGGGAGGUGCCAGGAACACUGGGGACGGGCGAGGGGUCCCCAAGGCGUAGGUGGAGGCCCUGCCUGGUAUUUCCCUUUGUUCUCCGCCUCCACCUUCUCCAGGUCCAACAGCAGAGACCACGCCUGACCUCGUAUCUGGGGGGAUCCCCCUGUGGACCCGCCGGCGCAUCUGCGGGAAAGAAGUAGCCCGGAGACACGCGCAGGGGACACUGUGGGGGAGUCGGAGCGAGACAAGGAUUUACUCCAGUUCCUUCGUAUCUUCACCUACUUAUCGGCUCACCUGAUCUCCUGGGUUCUUUGCUGGAAAAGGGGACCUGGUGGUGUUGGCCAAGCAGCCAGCUUCCCUAGAGUGGCCCUGACUCAGGGCUAUGAUCUCAGAAGAGCCAGGAAGGCACAGACCCCUCACAGCCCAAGGACACCUUGACCACUCUGGGGUCGGGCAGCGGGGAACCGCAGCUCCCGCCUCCCGAAAGGACAGUGGGAGAGAGGUUCUCACCCUCGCCUUGUGGGUGCUGAAGCCGUGGAUGCUGAGGCUGAGCUGCUCCCAACGUGAAGGCAAGAGACGCAGAGCCAUGAGGACCAGGUUCCUGGAGCCCCCCUCCCCCGCCCCCGUCUCAGCCCAGGAGACUCUGGAAGUGAGGACUGACCGCCCGGGGGUCAGUGGUGCCCCCUCCUCCUGCUGCUGCUGGUCACCCCCCUCUGCCCCCGCCCCUGCCCUGCCAGGCCGAGCGGCCUCUCCCAGAGCAGGCGGGUCUGGGAGCCCAGCACCUGCUGCUCAGCCUCCCCUCCUCCACUGCGGCCCAGCUGGGCCUCCUACCCCGAGUCUCCUCCUGGCACCAGACAAGGGGUCAAACUCCACCUGCCUCUGCCACUUUCCCAUGAGCUUCCAGGUCCUGCCGGACCAUCCUCCAAUGCCUGAAACCACAUCUCUCACUGCCCUUCAUGCAAUGUCCUCACGUGGCCCCCCCAGCUGGGCCUGCUGCCCUUGGAAACCUGUGGGCCAGGCGCCCCUCAUCCUGUGGCCACCCUUCGUAGAGCCGCUGUGGACCAGUCUGAGCCCACCCCCGACCCUGCUGGACAGAUGCCCGGCCCCUUCGCGGUGUCGGUGUGGAGGCUCCGGGGCUGAGGCCAAAGCCCGGCUCAGAGCCCAGCUCUGCCCGCGCCACCUCCCCGAGCUCCCUUGGCGCGAGGUUAGUACGGAUACUGGUCCCCAGUGUCCCCCACGGCUUGAGGCCCUGAGCUGGGCAGAAGGGCCCUGCCUCCAGAGAGGUACUUCCCCAAAUGGGAGCCCUCCUGGGGGACAUUCUCCCCGCCUCUCUGAUCAGAGGGGAGAAAAUGGUGCCUCCUGGGGGUUCCGGGAGGACAACGAUGUGGACCCUAAGCCCCUGGGGUUUGACAAGACUCAGGCCAGCGACGUCCCACCCCAGGCCUCACCAGCUUCCAGACUUCACCAGGGACUCGGGCCCCUCUGGCAGCAGUCCGCACACCACAGACCCCGGGGGGCUGCAUGCUCCGUGGUCCAGGCACCCACCACGGGUCUCUUGUAG